AUGAAAGCAAACAUAGUAAUACUAGUUCUAGUAGCUCUUCUUUUGCUAACCCACUCCCUCACAGAAGCUCGAUCGCAUCCCAAACGCAAGCACCAAAGCAAAGAAGAAGUACAAAAGAGAAGAAGCAAUAGAAGCAGAAGCAGCAGUGGCAGAACAAGAGGAAACUGUGACCCAUUAUACCAAUACCUCUUUGGAACCUGUAGCCGAUGGCCUUUCCCAACCUCUCCUUCCCCUGACAACCCGUUUGCGCCCACACCAAGGCCAUCUCCUCGCAGAAAUCCGCCACCUUUUCCGCCACCUUUGCCGCCACUCGUGCCUUAUCCACCCCCAAUAGCGCAACCACCUCCUUUACUACCUUCCCCACCACCGCUAGUAAUUCCUUCGCCUCCACCACUGCUACCACCUUCUCCACCGCCACCCUCUCCACCACCACCACCACCACCAUCCACUCCACCACCGUUAGUUCCUUCUCCACCACCACCGCUACUCCUGCCGCCACCCAUACCUGUCAUAAUUGAACCACCACCACUAGUUUCUUCCCCACCACCUCCUGAUCCAAUAUUUCCAUGGCUAACACCUCCAGAUAUAACAGAGUCUCCAUCCCUUCCAAUAUUUUCCCCACCACCCUCUUUUGAUCCUAUACCAGAAGCUCCAAAGUUACUUCUGCCACCUCCCUUUCCGGAUUUACCCCCAGAUCAAUUUUCGCCACCUCUCAUAUCAACUACCCCAACUGCACCAGACACCGGUGCGAUUCAGCCACCAGCUUUUCCGAUUCCACAGUCACCGGUUACCUUUCUGCCGCCUCCAUCGGCGGUUCCUGAAGUUCCAGAUGUUCCGCAAGAGCCACUUCCGUUUUCGCCCACGCCACCAUCACCAGAUACGGUUUUUGAUGAACCAGUGCAGCCAGUACUAUCACCACCAGUCCUUCCUUUCUUGCCUCCUUUCCAGCUUCCACCGCCUGCGGAUUCGCCUCCAUUUAAGAAUUGA